CAUUGAUUUGACUUUGCAACGCAUUGACCACAGGUUGUGUAUGUUGUGGCGUGGCUUUUCCUUUAACAUACCAGAUUCUCUCUGAGCUACUUUAUACCGAAGCAAGGAUGUCGAAGGAUUCUGCUGCUUCAACGCAACCACCACCAUAUGAGCCUUCGGGAGCCCCUCAAGCGGUCGCUCAAGGCUAUGUCCAAGGACCACAAGGCUAUGGACCACCCCAACAGGGCUAUGGACCACCCCAACAGGGCUAUGGACCACCCCAACAAGGCUAUGGACCACCCCAACAAGGCUAUGGACCACCCCAACAAGGCUAUGGACCACCCCAACAAGGCUAUGGACCACCCCAACAGGUAAUUGGCCCAGGGCAAAAUCAACUUAACCCGAUGAUGAUGCAACAACAGACUACGCAACUGGCAACAAGUACCAACGUCGUUGUGCAACAAGCUGCGUCACAGUCGACAGUGAUUAUCAAGCAGAAAGGAUAUGUUAACCAUUGCCUUCACUUCGUGAUUACCAUAUUCUUCUUUCCGUGGAUAAUUGUCUGGAUCUGUCUGUGCAUCUGUAACUGCUUCUAGACAUAGCACUGGUAAACGAGCAUCAAUGUGUGACGUAGCGGAAGGACGAAACGGUUAUAGAGUGAACCCGACGGUGUCAUUGCAAGUGGAAAGGUCAUGCUUAACAAAUAUCCGGAUUAACAAAAACAUUUUUAGAA